AUGGACCCUUACAAACAGUUUGUCAGCCCUGAAGAAUGUAGCAGCAGUGAAUCAGGGUGGACAAGCUACUUGGCUUCUCCUAUGGAAGAUGAUUUUGAGUGCAGUGAAGAGAAUUAUAACAGCAAUCACAAUAUCAGAGAUGAUGUCCAUGAUGGUGAGGGGAAUAGUGAUGAUUCGAUGGUCUCUGAUGCCUCUUCAGCCCCGAGUCAUCAUCAGCAUAAUAAACACAAGGAUGGUCAAGGUAGUAGUCAUGGCAAGUAUAAUUCUAGCAAGCAUUCUUCACGCAGGGAGGCAAAGAGAGAAAUGAAAAAGGGUUCUGAAAACAGUGGUAAAUCCAAAAAAGGACUCAGUGGUCAAGCCAAGUCUCGCAAGUAG